AGUUAGUAUCUGCAUGUUCAAAAUGAAAACUUUUUUUUUGGAGACAUGAAGCACUAAAUGAAACUAAUACAUUUGUUUGUGAUUAACAUCUUUCAUUUGUCCAAAGGAAACAUUCUAUUUUUAUGAGUAGAGCAUAAGAUUUGAGUCAAAUGGGAAGCCUUUGUGAUUGAAGAGCAAUUAUAUCAGGCUGAGGGUGGGCACGAGUCUUCAUAUUUGCCUCUAAAGAUCAUCCAGAUGGGCAGUGAAAUGCGAAGACUAUUGCAGUGCCAUAAAUCACUUGGGCAUAAAAUCUAAAAGACAAACACAGAAAGAAUUGAUAAACUCACAUCCAUCAAUCUGCAUCUGGGUAACUCCCAAAAGUGUUUCUCAACAAUCAGAUUUUCCCAUAAAUUUAUUUUACUGGAACACACUGAAGAACUUUAAAGAACAUUGUAGUCAUUUUUUAUUUAUAAUAUCCCUGUGUUAAUAUCAGCUUUGACAUGUCAACCAAAAACUCUUCCAGGAUAUACCUGGAUGUCUGAUGAAAAGCAAUAAGGAAGACAUGUCUGUUACUGAUUAACUCAGAUAGACUUUAAACUCCAGCAUUUGUAAUGCAAUAAGAAGAAGGGUCGCUGUUUGGACGGUAAGGCCAAGAUUUAAAGGAAUUUUCUAAAUAAUUUAGGGAAUUUAAUUAUUUGUGUCCAUCUACAACCUCUGAGAUCCAUCUGUACAUCUCACUCCAGGCUGAAGUUUGGUGACCGGCGUGUUACCAUGAGCGACAUUUCAGAAGACGACAGCGAGAUCUUCUUUUCAGUGAAGGUAAACACUGACUUUGGAUGGUGAAAAUUCUCAGUCUGAAUAUAAAACAGAGAAAUGGACAAAGACAUUGUGAUGAGCAUACUCAGUUUGUCUUUCUGAUUCAGACUGGAAGCGACACACUAUUUAUUCUGUAAUGUAUUAAUGUGACAUCAAUCCUCAUGGGCUGAAUAGGGGGUAACGAGGUCCAAAGCACAGAAAUGUUAAAGCACCCACCCCACCACCACCACACACACACUCCUCCAAGAUGGUCAGAUUAACUUCAAGUCAUUUUGUGCCUCUUUGUAGUUGUUUAUCAAACUUUGUGGUCACUUUAUUUCUCUUUGUGGCUGUUUGUGUCUUUUGCAGUUAUCUGCAUGUUUUUAUAUUUCCUUCAACUGCAUCUUUUUGACUAUUUUACUCAUUCAAGUGGCUGUUUUAUGAUAUUUAUUGACUGAUGCUCUGGUUCUGGGUCUCCAAAAAAAACUGGGCUUCUUAACUGGUUCCUAUCCUUCACCCUGAACUUAUUGUUGAGAGGUAUCUGAGAGGUAUUGCCAUGGGCCACACCUUUAUGUUCAUACCCGUUUAAAGACUGUUGUUCAGUUUACCUUAUGUGUUUGUCUUUCUCUGACCCAAAGUUUCUUGGACGAGUUCAGGUGGUCCGUCCUGGUGGACUGGAAGUCCUCAAUGAAGCGAUUCAGAGCCUGAAGGUCAGUGUCACUAUAAGCUCCAGUGAGACUCUUUCUAUUUGUAUUGCUUUGGCGCCCCCUGUGGACUAAAAUAUACCUUUGCCGAUCUUGUCAUGGGCAAUAUUUGGGAUGUUUUUAGGCAUAAAUUUCAUUAUGCUUUCUCACAACAAAGACAUGUCAAGGGAGGAGUGUCUCUGUGACGUGCUAUCAGUCACAUGACCUGAUAGCUUAGUGUCAGAUACACCAGACCAAUGGGGGGGGGGGGUCCCAUAAGAUGAUGAGACUAGGGCAUCUAAUUUCACUUAAUAUACAGUAUAACCUUGAACUACUUCUGAAGCUGUGAGGUCUGUUUAAGACUUGCGAUGUUGAAUGGUUAGAAAGGUGUUUUUCUUUCAUCUGUUUACAUGUCUGUUGCUAUGAGCAACGCCACAUCCUUCAUUAUUCCUAAUGGUUGUGGGUUUGUACAGUUACUCCCAGAGUCACCGCCACAUGCAACAAUUCCUAUCACCCUCUGAUAAAAGGAAAUGAAUUACUACUAGGCUACGAUAUAAUCCACUGUGUUUUUAGUGCCUAAGACAUACUCCUGGCACACUAGUGAUUGUUUUUGUGUAGGAGGCUAAAUCACAACGUUGUUAGCUGCACCUCAACAGAUUCUGAUAUUUCCUCAAGGUAUCAGUGAGUCUUGCACUCUAGUGGAAAAAAAUAGGUCUGUUUUGAGCUGUAUGAGACCUUAUUGACCACAUUAUGUUGUCUCAAAGAUGCAGCAAACAAACAUGAUAAGCACUCAAUCCCCUCUCAUCCUCAGACACCAGAUAGGUUUAACCCUGAAAAGGCAGCAAAAAGGAGCAAAGUCCUUCUCUUCUUGUCACUGAGCGGGAUUGACAUCCUGGAAAACAAAACCAAGGUGUGAGAGCAAAACUUCUCUGCAUAUUUGAACUGCAAAGACAUCCCUGCAGUUUGGCCUUGAGUCAUAGCUAACUAGUCUCAUUGUGUUUCCUUCCCUCAGUUCUUGUUGUACUCAUGCCCACUGCCCAGUGUUUCCUUCUGUGGUGUGAAUCCAUCCUCACCUAAAGUCUUUGGUUUUGUGGCCCAGAACACUGCAGCAGACACAUAUCACUGCUAUCUCUUCCAGAGCAAGAAGUUUGUAAGUAUUCCCACUACAGUCUUACAGCUUGGCUUCUGCAGAAACAAGGUUUAUGUGUGUUUUUAAAUAUUUUACAGUCUCAUGUGCUGGUGUCAUUAAUCGGGGACUCUUUCCGAGCUUCAAAAAAAGAGACCAACAACACCAGAGGAGAACGAGACCUAAAAGUAGAAGCACUGAGGCACAAGGUAAGUUUCUCUGUAAAUUUGAUAUUAAUCUUUGCUUUCUUUUAUUUUUUCUUUAUUCUUUUAUAUGCACCCGAAAUAGUUUUUUAAGCAGGGUUGUUUUCAUCUGUUGUACAAAACCCAAUUCCAAUGAAGUUGGGAAGAUGUGUAAAUCGUAAAUAAAAACAGAAUACAAUGGUUUGCAAAUCCUUUUCAACCUAUAUUCAAUCGAAUACACUACAAAGACAACAUAUUUAAUGUUCAAACUUAUAAACUUUAUUUUUUAUUUCUUUUGCAAAUAAUCAUUAACUUUAGAAUUUGAUGGCAGCAUCAUGUGCCAAAGAAGUUGGGAAAGGUGGCAAAAAAUACUGAGAAAUUGGAGGAAUGCUCAUCAAACACCUAUUUGGAACAUCCCACGGUUGAGCAGGCUAAUUGGGAACAGGUGGGUGCCAUGAUUGGGUAUAAGAGCAGCUUCCCCAAAAUUCUCAGUCAAUCACAAGCAAGGAUGGGGCGAGGUUCACCACUUUGUGAACAACUGCAUGAGCAAAUAGUCGAACAAUUUAAGAACAACGUUUCUCAAAGUACAAUUGCAAGGAAUUUAGGGAUUUCAACAUCUACGGUCCAUAAUAUCAUCAAAAGGUUCAGAGAAUCUGGAGAAAUCACUGCAAGUAAGCAGCAUGGCCAGGAACCAACAUUGAAUGCCCGUGACCUUCGAUCCCUCAAACAGCACUGUAUCAAAAACCGACAUCAAUGUGUAAAGGAUAUUACCGCAUGGGCUCAGGAACACUUCAGAACACCACUGUCAGUAAAUACAGUCCGUUGCUACAUCUGUAAGUGCAAGUUAAAACUCUACUAUGCAAAGCCAAAGCCAUUUAUCAACAACAUCCAGAAAUGCCGCCGGCUUGUCUUGGCCUGAGCUCAUCUAAGAUGGACUGAUGCAAAGUGUAAAAGUGUUCUGUGGUCUGACGAGUCCACAUUUCAAUUUUUGGGAAAUAGUGGACGUCGUGUCCUCCGGGCCAAAGAGGAAAAGAACCAUCCGGACUGUUAUUGACUCAUAGCUCAAAAGCCAGAGUCUGUGAAGGUAUGGGGGUGCAUUAGUGCCCAAGGCAUGGGUAACUUACACAUCUGUGAAGGCUACAUUAAUGCUGAAAGGUACAUACAGGUUUUGGAGCAACAUAUGCUGCCAUCCAAGCAACGUCUUUUUCAUGGACGCCCUUCCUGCUUAUUUCAGCAAGACAAUGCCAAGCCACAUUCUGCACGUGUUACAACAGCGUGGCUUCGUAGUAAAAGAGUGCGGGUACUCGACUGGCCUGCCUGCAGUCCAGACCUGUCUCUCAUUGAAAAUGUGUGGCGCAUUACGAAGCGUAAAAUACGACAACGGAGACCCCGGACUGUUGAACAACUGAAGCUGUACAUCAAGCAAGAAUGGGGAAAAAAUUCCACCUUCAAAGCUUCAACAAUAAGUCUCCUCAGUUCACAAACGCUUAUUGAGUGUUGUUAAAAGGAAAAGUGAUGUAACACAGUGGUAAACAUGCCCCUGUCCCAACUACUUUGGCACGUGUUGACCCAUGAAAUUCUGAGUUAAUUAUUAUUUGCAAAAAAAAUAAAGUUUAUGAGUUUAAGCGUUAAAUAUCGUCUUUGUAGUGUAUUCAAUUAAAUAUAGGUUAAAAAGGAUUUGCAAAUCAUUGUAUUCAUAUUUUAUUUAGGUUUAUCACAAUUUCCCAACUUCAAUGGGAUUGGGUUUUCUAAAUGUUACGGUGUUCUGUAUUGCAGGAAUAAAAAACUGUUUCUUAUUCCUUUUUCCUUUCAGAAUAAAUUGCUGCAGAAAGAGAAUGAAGAGCUGAAGGAAAAACUACGUCUGACCAGUGUUUAGAAUCUCCCCACAUGUAGCACUUCACACAAGUACACACAAAAAACUUUGUAAAACCUCAUCUUUUCCAUCUGUUGUUUGAAAGUCUACAAACCUUAAUAAUGAAUGACAAAAGAAUAAAUUUAAGGGUGCAAAAGACAGAAGUUUGAAAGAAACUUUUAAACUGAUGAAAGCUUGGUGAUUUCUUCUGUUUAGCCCCUUCUCCAGUAUUGAAUGAGGUUCAUAUCAAACGUUGCCCAGAUUUUUACCAGUAGAGGGCGGCAGUGAGCCUUCCAAUUGACACACCAAUCAAACUGGAAAAAUCUGGGUGCGUUCAAAUACCACUGACAGCCUCGGAAUCAUUCAGAGUACAUGUUGUGCCUUGGUGAACCAAAGGGACAUUUGAUAUUUCGAACGAAUUUCUAUGUGGCUCCUAUGUGAUUUAAAGACAAUCUUUAAGGAAUAAAAAAAUGCUAAAUCUGUG